AUGCGCCAACAAGUGGUGAUAGUCAGUGGCAACAAACUAGACGCCUUUGGAGACUACAUAGGAACAGGAUCUCAGGCAGAGAGGUGGUUUAAGGCCCUCACAUCCACAGACAAGGCCACAUGGCCUGCAUUUGUAGCAGCAUUCGAGAAAUGCUGGCCACCAGUUACAAUCACAGAAAAAAUGAAGGCAGAGUAUGAGAGGGAGCUGUUGGAUCAUGCACUAAAAGAGGAAGAUGUAGGGAAGAAGACAACACUCUACAACAGAGAAUGUUGGACUCACGUUGCUUGGGCCGUGAAGACAUUACAGCUCGCUACAGAUGCAGGCAUAGACCAAGGCACGUCAAUGAUCUGGCAAGUCCGCAGCAAGUUACCAAACGUGGUAAAAGACCUACUUAAAGAUGAAGAAUAUAAGACAUGGGCUGACUUUACGAAGGCAGUAACGGAGCUGAAAGGGAGUAGACUCGCAGAGAAGCAGGAACAACACCUCAAGCAAACUCAGGAACUCAAGGCACUACAUGCAGACCUAGCCAGGCAUUCAAUCAUGCUGCAGCUACGCCAAUCUCACUCAUUGUCAAUCACACUCUGCAAUACCAUACUGAGUGGAUCGAAGAACUUACCAAGCAAGACAAGGGAAAAGCAGAAGGGUCAGCAUAAGGAGCAAUGCUAUGCUGACCCAGGAUAA